AUGGAACGCGUACAAAUCGCCGUCAAAUCGCAGCCGGCAUCACACCAAAAAAUUAAUCAUCGCACAUGCUGCAAUUUGUGCCACAUCAAACUGGGCGCCGCAUUUCUGGGAUUUAUUGAGGCGGUGAUUGCGGUUUCAGUGCUCAUCGGAGCUUUGCAACAAGUUGUCUGGAAAAAUGAUCAUAAGUUAACCGGAUCGUGCAUUGACACACUAUUUCGUGAUUGUCACAUAUUUCUCUACAAACAUUUUGACAUCACCGUCUAUUUCGAUUAUGUUGUCAUUAUUAUGAUGGUGUUUAUCAUUAUAUCGAUUCAAUCAAUGUUCGAACGCAUGUGGCUCGCCACUGUGCUCUUAAUUUUAUCAGGAUUGCAAUCCUAUCUUUUCUCGUCUGUCAUUCGAUGCAGUAUGUAUUUAGCGGAUAUCGAAGAAAAUCGGCGCCGACGGGAAUCAGCUUUUGAACGAUGUAGUGAACGGGUUCGAAUUGCUAAAGAGAACGGAUUGUGGAGGACAACUAGUUGGGGAGGCGGAUUCCAGCAAUACAAGGGCCAAUAUGACAUGGAGAAACCGAAAAAAGAGAGCAAGAGCAAAGGUUUUCAUGUUCAAUGGAACACUGAUGUUGAAACGGGAUUAAAGAAGGUGGAACCAAAAAUAGAAAUAAUUGAAUUGGCUAGAACGGAAUCAAUUGAUCCGUCUAUCACACAAUUGAGCCCUAUUCCGGAAGAUGAGGUCAAAAAUCCUGUUCCGAUAAAAACCAGCAAAAUAUCCCGAACAUCGACGAAACAUGAUGAUAGAAGGGAUUCAACAAAUUCAACAGGAUCGAACAGAGUUCGGCGAUCUUCAGAAUCGCCGCGGAAAGAUGAGAAGAAACCACGUUACGUGAAGAAAACGUCAUCUGAAGGCGCGAGUAAACUUGAAGAUGAAGUUCGCCGAAUGUCAAAAGAUCAUCAUCAGCCUCAUGUUCAAAGGAUUUCGUCAAAAGAGAAGAGCAGCUUAAUAAAUGAACCAACACGAAUGGAACAUACUCAUCGAAGAGCAUCUUUGAAGAAGAAUAAGUCUGUUGAUAGUGGAGAUGUGUACGAUGAAGUUGUUUCAUUUUAUAAAGAUCGCCAUCACAGAAGAAGGUAA